CAAAGCACAUAACACAACGUGACCAAAAAUUUACUAAAAAAUUAAAAAAAAUAUGCAAGCUUGCAACGAAAUAAUUGACGAUAUCGAGGAUUUGAUAUCGUCUCAGGACAUUACUCCGAAGGAACGAUAUGCAAACAAGAAACACGUGACAGUUCGAGCGAAGAGACACAACAAAAAUGACUCUAAACCGACACCUACCGCAAAAAUCUACGAAAGCGUGAUUCCGGGAACUCAAAGAAUUUACCUAAAGACCUGGGGAUGUUCGCAUAACAGCAGCGACUCGGAAUAUAUGGCUGGCCAGCUCGCUUCUUAUGGGUACAAUUUAACGAAUGAUAAGGAAAAUGCGGAUUUAUGGCUGUUGAAUUCAUGCACCGUGAAGAAUCCAUCGGAACAGACGUUCAAGAACGACAUUCAAUCCGGGUUGGAUAAGGGAAAGCAUGUUGUCGUAGCAGGAUGUGUUCCUCAAGGUGCUCCAAAAGCGGAUUACUUGAAAGGCAUCAGCGUAAUUGGCGUUCAGCAAAUCGAUCGUGUUGUCGAAGUCGUUGAGGAAACGCUAAAAGGCAAUUCCGUGCAAUUAUUAAAGAACAAAGCAAAAUCCGGGAAACGUGAAGCUGGUCCAGAUUUAUCUCUACCGAAAAUUCGUCGAAAUCCGCUCAUCGAAAUCAUUUCCGUCAAUUCUGGAUGUCUCAAUCAAUGCACUUAUUGCAAAACGAAACACGCGCGUGGCGAUCUCAUCAGUUAUCCCAUUCACGAAAUCGUGGGACGAGCAAAACAGGCAUUCGCCGAAGGAGUUUGCGAAAUUUGGUUAACGUCGGAAGACACGGGAACAUAUGGGCGUGACAUUGGAACAUCUCUUCCCGAGUUACUGUGGCAACUAAUCGAAGUUAUUCCGGAUGGAUGUAAAUUGCGAAUUGGUAUGACAAAUCCGCCUUAUAUCUUGGAACAUCUCGAGGAAGUCGCAAAAAUCUUAAAUCAUCCGAAAUGUUACGCUUUUCUUCAUGUUCCCGUGCAAUCGGGCAGCGACAGUGUCUUGGGCGAAAUGAAACGCGAAUAUUGUCGCGAAGAUUUCGAGCACGUUGUCAACUUUUUGCGGGAAAAAGUGCCCGGAGUAACAAUUGCAACAGACAUUAUUUGUGGCUUCCCAACAGAAACUGAAGCGGAUUUCGAGGAAACGAUGACUUUGUGUGAAAAAUUCAAAUUUCCGAGUUUGUUCAUUAAUCAAUAUUUCCCUCGUCCCGGCACUCCAGCAGCGAAAAUGAAGUUAAUUCCGGCAGAUCAAGUGAAAAAACGCACAAAACGCUUAACGGAGCUCUUUUACACUUACGAACCGUACGGACACAAAGUAGGAGAAACGCAAAAAGUGCUCGUGACGGAAAUUUCACACGAUAAAAAACAUUAUGUCGCUCACAAUAAAUUUUAUGAGCAAGUUUUGUUACCCAUGGAAGACGAUUUGUUGGGAAAAGAAGUUGAAGUACGGAUAAAAUCUGCCACGAAAUUCAGCAUGAUGGGAGAAAUUGUCGAAGGAAGUGAGAGAAAGAAUUGCGGAGAUAAAGCAAAGAAUGAAAUUGUAAAUAAAGACAUUGGAAAUGGAUUUGUUUUUACCUCAGUUGAGACAAAUGGAGAAGCUACAAAUGAAAAAGAGGAGAUGAAAACAGCGAAAAAUCCGUACAUGUCGUAUGCGAUGAUUGCAGUCUUUUUGGCGAUCAUGUAUCGUUACGUUUGGAUUUUAUUGAAAGAAAUUGUUUAGAAAAAAAAUAUUAUUUUAUUAAAAAAAAAAAUAAUAAAAAAAUUAUUGACC